AUGGCAGAAGAGGGAGAGCCCGGGGUGCGGCAACCGGUCAUGCCGAUCUUCAUGGGGGCUCCGUGGGCUCCGAAGUAUGGAGGCCCGGGAUCUGAGAUGAGUUUGUCGAUGUGGAAGACCCAGGUAGAGUACCUGGCAGGGCUUCAAGGUUUGAGCGCCCCACAGAAGGUCCAGUUUGUUCUAAACUCCUUGGAUGGAGAAGCGAGAAGAGAAGUUCAGGCGGCUCCGGAAGCAACCCGAGCAACUGUCCAGGCCAUUUUUGACUUUCUCACGGGACAAUAUGGAGACGCCACCCCGGUAGCUGUUCUGAGAACGAAAUUCUUCAAUUCUCGGCAAGGCCCUCGCCAAUCUGUUCGGGCAUUUACCCUACAGCUGCGGGAGCAGUUUUCUAGACUUACGGGGAGACAGGAUCAUGGCCUGGGGGGCGAAGAGGCUCUGCUCCGAGAUCAGUUUUUACUGGGGUUACGGGAGGGUCCUGUGCGCCAGAGUCUGCGGGUGCAAUUUCGACGAACACCGAAUCUAACUUUUGAAGAGCUUCGACGAGAAGCGCUGGCCCUUGAGCAUGAUCAUGCGGAGAAUGUAGAUCCCCCCAGCUGUCUAGUCACGAACGUUGGGGGCACCCCUUCGACUACUGUGGCACCCGACUGGAAGCAGGCCCUACGGGAAGAACUGAAGAGAGAUGUGCGGGAACAAAUGUCUGACCUGUCCAAAUCUUUUAUGGAGGAGCUCCGUCGAGAACGCCCCCAGUUGUCCUCUUUACCGCGGGAGCGGACUUACUCUGAUGGGAAUCGUCCCCCCGACCGCCGUCCAUCCCGACCUUCGGGCUCUCGAUUCCAGUGGGAUGAACACGGGCGUCCCAUCUGUAACGGCUGUGGAGAGCCGGGGCAUUACUUUCAGUUUCCGGCCACUGUGGGUCAAGUGGUCGGGACCCCCUCAUCAGACCCCUUCCUACCUACAUCUUUUAGGAGCCGCUUGGUGGGCUGUUGCCCGGUGGUGGUGGUUCAGGUUAAUGACCAGGAAGUACAGUGCCUUUUGGAUACAGGCUCCCAAGUGACCCUAUUCACCGAAAGCUUGGCCCAUGAGUUGUUUGGCACCGAAAGUCGACCACCUGCGGAAGCCCCCUGGUUGACGCUACGUGGGGCAAAUGGCCUCGACAUCCCGUACGUAGGAUAUCUUGUGACCGAUCUGAAGAUUCACGGGGUUGUAGUGUCUCAGAAAGGAGUGGUGGUCGUACGAGACACAUGCCUGGGGUCUCAUCGUGCCCUGAUUGGGAUGAACGUCAUUGCAGACUGUUGGGAGGAUUUGUUUCGGAGUAGACCGGCUCGGGCAGUUACAACAUCGGCCGGCCAGGAGUGGGACCGCAUCAGGGCUGACUGCCGCCGGGUAUGUCUUGCCGAACGACAGGGGGAUAGGGAAAGCACGGGAAGAGUGGCCUGCCGUUACGCCUUAUCCAUUCCAGCUCAGAGUGAGGCUGUGGUCUGGGCCAGGUUGCCCCCUCGACUUUAUAGUCCGGAAGAAUGGGUCAUGGUGGAACCUCACGAAGAUGGUCCCAAGGUGGAAGUCGCUCGAGGAUUGGCGACUGUUCGGGGGGGCCGGGUCUCAGUGCGGGUCAGGAACAUGAACCCCUUUCCUGUGCAUUUGUAUCAUCACCAACGGUUGGCCCGAGUGACCUCAGUGAGACCCCAGCAGGUUCGUGAACAGGGUGAAGUUAAUUUCAAUCGAGUGAGCCCGACAGUGGUCGAGGUGGCCCUGGCACGAGCUGGUCCGGAGGCGGGAGAGACAGGAAGAGGAAUGCCUGCCCACCUGACGGGGGAGUCUUUACGGGGUGAAGGACUAGGUGAAGAGCAAUUGGGACAACUCCAGGAGUUCUUGAGGAAGUGGCAACACUUGUUUUCCACUCAUGACGAGGACUACGGUCGCACAGAUGUGGUAAGACAUCAAAUCCCAACUGGGGACGCUGCACCCAGCCGAGAGCGUUAUCGACCCGUGCCCCCGACCUUAUACUCAGAGGUUCGCACCCUUUUACGAGGGAUGCUCGACAAGGGGAUUAUUAGAGAGAGCAGUAGCCCUUGGGCCGCCCCGAUAGUACUGGUUCGAAAGAAAACAGGUUCCUGGAGGUUUUGUGUGGAUUACCGAAGGCUGAAUCAAGUAACCAAAAGAGAUGCUUUCCCGUUGCCUCGAGUUGAAGACUCUCUUACGAGCCUCACACAAGCCACCUGGUAUUCCACUCUUGACUUGGCCAGCGGUUAUUGGCAGGUGCAGAUGGAUGAGCAUGACAGGGAGAAGACAGCGUUCACUACCCCCUUCGGCCUAUAUGAAUGGGACCGGAUGCCGUUCGGCCUUUGCAACGCCCCCGCCACAUUCCAACGGCUGAUGCAGCGUUGUCUAGGCAACCAACUGAUGGAUACCACCCUUGUCUACUUAGACGACGUUAUCGUCUACUCUCCAGAUUUCAAGUCCCAUCUUGAGCACCUAGAGCAAGUCUUCCGCUCUUUAGAGCGAUAUGGGUUGAAGCUCCAGCCAGACAAGUGCCAGCUUUUCCGAAAGGAAGUCAGAUUCCUGGGGCAUGUGGUGAGCGCGGCAGGGAUUUCAGUUGAUCCGGAGAAGGUGGUGGCAGUACAGGAAUGGGCUGCGCCCAAGACGGUGCGCCAGGUCCGUUCGUUCCUGGGCUUCGUGGGCUACUAUAGAUGAUUCAU